UUACAAAACCACGUUUGGUGUUAUUUAAUAUUUUGUGUUUUUAAACUUCAGUGGAAAUUUAAAUUUAUUUAUUCAAAAAUACUGAUGAUUGUAUAUCUAUCAUAUAGAAUUUAUAUUUAAUUAAUUUAAACAUUAUGAAUAAACAAGUAAAUAAUUCGACCAAUUCUCAAUGUUCCACAACGGAUACCUUUAUUAGGCGGCAUAAUGCAUCAGAGGGUGCAGAAUCAAUUAUUACAACGGAUUCUUCAGGUGCUCAAACUUCAACAAUAGAAUUAUUGGAAAAAACAAUUAAUGAUGCUAACAACUUAAUAAAGAAACCAGAAAACGAAUUAUUAAAAUUAGGUUCAGUAGAAGACCGUGUACAAUUAUGUGAACAACAUUUAAUUCCAUCACUUUGUAUGUUUGCUAAAAAUAACAUGUUUCAUAAUGGUAAAAAAGUUAUUAUGAAACAGAGUUUAAAAGAGAAGUAUUUAAAGAAACAGCUUGCUUUGACUUUAUAUUUUUUUGGUCCAGAAGUCUUACAUUUUUUUAAAAAAUCAUUUAAUCUUCCAUCUCUAAACAUUCUAAAAAAAAACCUUUAUUAAUAUGACAUGAAACCCGGUCUAAAUGAUUUUGUAUUUAAUCUUAUUAAGUUUAAAAUUAGCAAUUUUAAAUGUCUAUAAAAACACACUUUUUUUAUAAUAUUUCUAAGAGUCAUAUAAUUGGGUUCACAUAAAACCUAUGAAAAAGCAACACAAGCUUUUGUUUUUAUGAUAAGAGAUAUUAAUUUUAAGUGGAAGCAAAAAAUUGCAUAUUAUUUACUAUCUAGCUGUAUCAUUAACGAUUUAGUUUCAAUUGUGUUCUCUAUUUGUAAAC